AUGGCCGUGCCGUCGAACAAGUCCCCAAUCGCGACCCGACCCGCCCCGAAUUCCCGAAACUCUGAAAUCGCCGACCCCCUCCGGCGAAGCUUCACCGGAAACCCGUUCGCCAAGCCUUCGAUCGUCGCCGGUUCAAGAACCCCCAACCCCAAUUCUCCUGCCACCACUCCUUCAGAGACGACUCCGCGGCGGAGCUCUAUGGGGAGAGAGACGGUGGUGACUUUCCGUGAUUCGGAGGACAAAGAAAACGGGAAAGAUUCCGGGAGUUGGAAACAGAUCCGGGUCCGGUCGCCGGCGGCGAAGAAUUUCAUGUCGCCGACGAUCUCCGCCGCUUCCAAGAUCAACGCUUCUCCGAGGAAGAAGAUCUUGUCCGAGAGAAACGAGCCGGGUCGGACCUCUUCAGUGUCCGAGUUCAAAGUCAAAAGCGUGUCCUUUGCUCUGGCGCCUAUGGAGGAUUCCGAUCACCACAGGGAGGUGGCCCCCACAACAACCCCUGAAAUGGUUUCGAAGCCUCCGAAACCCGAAAUCGGUGUUGAAGCGAUGGUGCCUCCGGAAUGCCCUGAACCUGUUUGUGAAAAAGCCUCUGACUGUGUGAAUCUUGAUCCAAGUUUCGAGAUUAGUCCUCCUCCUCCAGCGGCGGGGGAGGCUUCGUUUCUGGUGUCUUCGGGUGGUCGGGUCAUAGCGCCGCUGGAUGCAGACCCGUCUGCUCCUCCUCCAUAUGAUCCCAAGACCAAUUACCUUUCUCCCAGGCCUCAGUUUCUUCAUUACAGGCCAAACCCAAGAGUUGAGUAUUUUCUGAAUAAGGAUGGCGAGGGCAAGAGGCUUGAGGAGAGCUUCAUUUCCGAAAGCUUUUCGGAGAGUGAGGAAACUCAGUCGGAUCAUUCUCCAGGGGAAGUUGAAGAUGUUACCUCCCCUGUUGAAGUGGUUAAGGAGGAGGAAGAAGAAAAAGAAGUAAUGGAGGAUGAGGAGGUACCUGUGUCGGAACCAAUGCCCAUCAUCGGCAGCCCCAUCACUAAGUCUAUCCUAAAGGAGGUGAUCAAAGAGUCCAGCAAGCCACGCUUCUCGUGGAGAUCAAAGUUCACUGCUUUGAUAAUGGUUUUGGCAGUUGCUCUUUUCUCUGUUUUGGCUAUCAAUUCGCCGCUCACUGAUGGUUUGGUGUUUAAAGACAUGAGCUUCUUGAAAGAAUACAAGCAAUUUGAGAUGACUGAACUGGCUAGAGCAAGCUUCGAUGGGUUAGCCAGAAAUGUUCCGGUUUGGUCUGAACUGGCUAGAGCAAGUUUUGAUGGGUUUGCUAGGAAUGUUCAGGUUUGGUCUGCAAGCUCUAUGUCUUUCAUAAAUGAGUUCAUUUCCAAUAUCAGAGGUACCAAGAAUGUGGGUCCAUUGCAGUUUUAUAACCUCACCUUGAUGGAAAAUGGUCGAGUUAAUGAGUGUUCUGUGUUUGAUCAAUAUGACAAAGAAAUGGAGGAAAUGGGUGAGUUUGAUGUAUUUGAAAAGGCAAUUGGAAGUGCGUUUGAGGUUGAAGCUUCAGUACAGAACAGUCUGCAAGAGAUUGGAGCAGCUGCAUAUGAAGAACCAAUUGAUCAGGAGGCCAGUCUGGCAGGGAUUGGAGCAGCUGAAUAUGGAAAACCAGUUGAUCAGGAGGUUGAACAACCACACAUUGAAUGUUCGGAAGAGAACCAGCCAGAGAUGGGUGCGGAGGCUGUGGACAAACAUGUUGAGCAAGGGAAUGAACAAGUUCAGAGCGCUGAAGCCUUAGAAAAAACGAGCCCUGCAGCUAUUGGAGCAACUGAGAACCUUGUUGAAGUACAUGCUGAUCAGGAAUUUGAGGAAAUGGCUGCUGAAUCAACCUACUUGGAAGAGGUGGUUUCACUGGAAAACAAUUAUUAUGCCGAUGGGGAAGUACUUCAGGCUACACAGGCUAUAACUGAAGAAACUGUUGUUGCUGAUUAUGUACAUUCCGAGCCAGAAAGAACUGCAAGCAUUAAGGAGGAGAUUGUAAGCUCAGAAGUAUUGAAUCUUACAGCUGAAGGAGCAGACAGUAUGGUGUCCAUGGUGAGUGUUCUAGGAAUUGUUUUCUUGGUUCUGACGUCGGUCAUCACAGCCAUCAUCUUUAUGAAGUCACGAGUUCCUGCAAACUAUGCUGCUGUUAAACCAUUGGUGACCAAGGAAUUGGCUGCAAAUCCCAUUGUUCCUGUUAGCACUGAGCACACCUACUGUCCUUCUGAAAUGAGUAGCUUCCAGGCGAGUCCAGUGUACCGCUCAAAAGGACUAAUGGCAUCAGAUGAAGUAGAAAGCCAGGAGAAAAGGGCCAGGAAGAUCAAUAAGAGAGACUCCUUGGCUUCAACUGACUCCUCAAUGGGGUCACCAUCUUAUGGGAGCUUUACAACAUACGAGAGAAUUCCAGUCAAGAAGGGAUAUGGAGAAGAAAAGAUUAUAACUCCUGUUAGGCGCUCGAGCAGAAUUAUUAGGAAACAAGUUACUUCUCCUUGA